AUGGUCCAGGGUGGCAAGGGACGGCUGAGGGGUAAUUUCAUGCUUUUGGAGGAGUUCCUCGAAAGCGUCAACGAUGCGCAGGAGGAGUUGGAGGGCCAGGGGGAUGGAGAGGUCCAUGAUGAAGAGGAAGCACCUGCCAUUGAAGAGCUUUCGGUGGAGGCAGACGUGACUCAGCUCGAGCAGGAUGAGCAAGCUCCAGAUCCGAAUGUGGAGGUAGCCUCUGAAGAGCAGGACACAGAGGCCGCUACCGAGCACGUGCAGGAGGACACAGCGAAGGAUGUGGAGGGUGCAGAGAAGGAGAUGGAAGCGGAGGAGGCUGAAACCGAAGAGGCUGCAGAUGCACCGGAGGAGGAAGUGGCAGAGGCCACUCCCGUGCAGGAGGAAGCAGCGGAGGACGACCAACGUGUUGUACAUGACUUUUCGCUUCAUGGCAGGGACGUAGCUGCACCUGAAGAGGCUGAAGAUGCACUGGAGGAGGAAGUGGUAGAGGACCCCUUGGCCGCUCCCGAGCACGUGCAGGAGGACACAGCGGAGGACUACCGCCGUGUUGCGCAUGAGAUGGUCCUUGCCGCUUCCUGGCGUCGUGGCGUGGCGGGUAUUUCGGAUUUCGGCUUGCAGGAUGUGGAGGGUGCAGAGAAGGAGAUGGAAACGGAGGAGGCAGGGGAUGUGGAAGGAGGUGUUUGCAGUUAA